UUUUUUUUUUUUUUUUAAACGCACCUUGUUCUGCGAUGAUUUCUCAUUGGUUUGGUUUCAUUGGAGGACGAAGAGGAAGAGGAAAGGAGGAGGAGGAAGACUUGUGGCGCGGAGCAGAUCUCUCCACCAGGAGCGCAGAGCGCACAGAGUGAACACAGCGACCCAUUCAGAACCUGUUUCGGAUUAUCACAGAUUUUUUUUCAAAAAGACUUAUUUAAUAUUCUUCAUAUUGUUUUUAUGUAUGUAUAUAUACAUAUAUAUAUAUAUAAUCUUCUGGUUGAUUUAGAGGAUUAUGUUGGUGCGGUUCUCCAGGAGCAUUUGCCUGUUUUUGUCCUGCGCGCUGCUGGAUCUGGUGCGUUCGGCGCAGAGUCCGAUGUGUGACCUGAUUCUGGAAAUAGACAAGGAGAGAGCCAUGUGCCAAGCUCAGGUUGAGAACAACACGGCAGGCUGCGACAUCACUUGGGACAAGAUCGCCUGCUGGCCCUCUGCCGACGUCGGAGAGGUGGUCACCAUCCCGUGCCCCAAACAUCUCUUCUACUUCACCGGCAAUGCUCUUCCUCGUAACCUGUCAAAGACCUGCACUGUGCAGGGCUGGCCCCCCAGCAGCCUGGACUCCUACAUCAUGGACUGCGGCUACAAUCCCAACAACACCGCCGAGGAGAAUUCGGGAGAUUUUUACAUCACCAUCAAAGUUGGCUACACAAUCGGUCACAGCGUUUCCCUUAUUUCUCUGAUGGUUGCCAUCACCACACUCUGUUUCUUUCGGAAGCUUCACUGCACAAGAAACUACAUCCACAUGCAUCUGUUUGUAUCUCUCAUCCUCAAAGCCGUCGCCGUUUUUAUAAAGGACGUGGUUCUGUACGAGGUGGGCGAGACGGAAAACUGCCAGGCACCGGUGGGCUGCAAGGCGGCAGUGGUCUUCUUCCAGUAUGGAGUCAUGGCGAGUUACUUCUGGCUACUGGUGGAAGGCCUCUACCUUCACGCUCUGUUGACAGUCUCCUUCUUCUCAGAGAGGAAGUACUUUUGGUGGUACAUUUUGAUUGGCUGGGGGGCUCCAACCAUCUUCAUCUCUGCUUGGGUGGCUACAAAAGCGUAUUUAAAUCCUCCUGGAUGCUGGGAAACAAUCGACGAUCCGUCAUGGUGGAUCAUCAAAACGCCCAUCUUAGUUGCCAUUCUUAUGAACUUUUGCCUCUUCAUUUGCAUAAUCCGAAUUCUGCGGCAGAAAAUGAACUGUCCCGACAUCGGAAGGAAGGAGUCCAACCAGUACUCGAGACUGGCUAAGUCCACCCUGUUAUUAAUCCCUCUGUUUGGGAUAAACUUCAUAAUAUUUGCCUUCAUCCCUGACCACGUCCACCCGCAGCUCAGGAUGGUGUUUGAUCUGGUUCUGGGAUCAUUUCAGGGCUUCGUCGUGGCGGUGCUGUACUGCUUCCUGAACGGAGAGGUGCAGUCCGAGGUUAAGCGUAAGUGGCGCAGGUGGAUGCUGCAGCGGUUCCUCGGCGCCGACACCAAGUACCAGCAGCCGUCCAUCGGGAGCAACGGCAACAAUUUCAGCACCCAGAUCACCUUGUUGACCAAAUGCAGCCCCACCACGCGGCGGGCUUCGGCCUGCCAGGAGCACCUUUCUGCAAUCUGACACCCUUCUGGUUUUUAUUGUCGGUUAACGAAUGUGUGACUCACACAUACUGUGGCCAUACACUGGGUGUACAGAGGCCAUAAUAAUCCUAACAUGGAUUUUCUUUGUUUUUUUUCCUGUUUUGUUUUGUUGUUGUUUUUCUUGUUGUUAUCUUAUAUGCUGGCUACAAAAAGCAACAGGUGCUCGGUGUUUUUUCUCGCCAGAGCACAAAGUCAUCUGACACCUCCGACAACACUUUCUUAUUCAUGAAAUGUAAAGAAGGUACACGCCUUUUCUUUUUUCCAGAUUAUAUAAAAUCAGCUAUGAUCACAGAAAGAGAUUUCAUUGAACUGCAGCGUGGCUGACUAGUGGCACAAGGUCACCAACUUUUUAUUCUAACGUGAAGGGAGAUUUGUGAAAGAAAGGAAGAAGGAUGUCCCUUUCUUACUUCAAAUUAAAAGCCUCAAACAUUUAAACCUUGGAACAAGACACAAAUCAAGAAUAAUUGCAAAGAGUUCCGACCAAAACAGAACUGAGAUUCAUGCUGAUUCGUUGCCUUUGCUUGACAAGCAACUUUAGACCGAUUCUGUUGUGGAGCUCAGAUCAUUUUUUUGUCCAGUCAGAACGACUUUCUCACUGAGGAAUACAACACAGAGAGCUGGAAGGUUUUGGGCCGUGCACGUUUGAGCCAGCAUGUGACUCGUAACACACCAGCUAUGAAGAAGUGGAUGCAGAGGCUGAAACAAGGGGUGACAAGGAUAAUGAUCGUCUCUAGAACUUAAAGGCGGCACAAAUCUACUUUUGUUCCUAUUCAGUGUGAUUGAUUUGGUUGAUUUACGAGCAUUUCGACGCUCAUGGAUGUUAUGUUUGGCUGCUAACGCCUGAGUUUCCAACACAGCUCACAUGCAUAUGACGUACAGAUCUACUGUCAUGCACGUUAAACACUUAACAAAGUGCAUAGUCAGAGAGGGACCUGCUUUCAUUGCUUAUAGCUGCAUUUUCAUAUUGUCCGCUCAUUCAUUCAUACUUUGGAUCAUGUUUAAUGUGGAGUCAUGGUAAGAUAGCUACUUCAUUUGGACCCAACAUGAGUCUGUCUCCUCUUGGCCAUCAUGGCAGAUGAUGAUGCAGAUCGAACAACUAUAUGACCUUUUCUGGGAGAGACUUAACUUUAAUGAGAAAUAUUAGCAUCUUAAUAUCAUGAGUCUAAAUUGUAUUUUAUCUCUGCAAAAAUACUAAUGUCCAAGGGAAAGAUACACACAUUAGCGCCAAAAGCUAUACGAAAAAACAAAAACAAAUAGGAGCCACAUUGACAAUAUUAUGAAGUACUGGCUCUUUGAAUGACUUGUGAAUCAAUGAUUUAUGUUCUGAGCUUGAAUAACAAUUUUAUGUCCUACAUAGGAUUGACUGGAUCUCAUAGCUGUGAUAAAUAGGUUCUGAUAAAUCAAAAACAAGUGACAUUGCACUUGGUUAUUUAACCGUAAAUGUCUGCCUUUGAGUAUAAUCACAUUAUUUACACUUUAGCAAUUCAGAAGCGGUAAAUUCUGAGUUCAGCAAGUGAAGAAGUCGUCCUGAACUCACCUUUAAGCUAACGGAGGAGCAACGUUAGCUACCCUGUGGUAAAAUGUCAAGGAUAAGUUAAACUGAACCAAAUAAUUGUAAAGAAUAAAAUCUAGUCAAUCGCAAACAGGAGCCAUCACAGGCUAGAGGUUACAUGACUCUUAGGUGUCUGCAGUGCUCUACAAACUACCUACCACGGAGGCAAAACGCUAAAUUGUCACUUUGUUUAGAGUCAGUCAAAAAUAGCACAGAGGGUAAGAAGGGUUUUGCUUCGAGUGAGAUUUAAAUGACUGACAUGAGAAAACGGGGAAACUGCUAAGUAUCACUGGAAAAGUGUGAGAGUUGGCAAAAAGGCCAAGCAAAUAAGCUGAACUCAAUGUUGACAACAGCAACGCUGGCUAUGGUGUGGCAACAUGCUAACUCAGGCAGGGAGAUCUUCCUCACUGCUCUGCGUUUAAAAAGAGCUUAAUUAUUGUUUGCUGACUGAUCAUCCAAAGAGAAGCAAGAUGUUGGGUUUUGUUGCAAAGGGGACAAAAUAUAUGGACGUUGGUAUGGACUGUCCUGACCAGGAGUCACUGAGGAGGCGUCCAUAGCACGGCUAGCAUACUGGGUGUGCUUAUCCUGUCUGUGACAGUUUUAUACAGACCAUACACUCGGCUGAAUUACUGCCGGAAAACAGUCCAGGGGAGAGAUGAAAGCUCUGGCUUGUGAAACUUUGCUCAGAUAACAGAGGCUUUUAGUUUCCUCACAAUGGACGGAGCAGAUGUGUAACAUCAGUGAAUGCUGAAGCCAUCUUCUGUUGUCUGGACUGCAUGGAUAAAUGGCUUAGUUGUGGGGUUUUUUGUUAAUAUUCUGUACUGUUGUUACCAUUUGUUUCCUCUGACAGUUGUGUAUGUUGACAUUGACAAGAUAAAUUGCCUUUUUUUUCCUCAUCUGUUCAUUGUUUCCUAAGGAUUAAUCUUUUUAUAUAAAAAAGAUGACUCCCUUG